AUGAAUAAUAUAGUUUUUUUAAAUGAUGAUUCAGAAAAUGAAAAUGAAAAUGAAAAUGAAAGGCUUGCAAAAUUUUUAGAAUCAAAUGUUCCAAAACAAACCUUAAACUCUUCAAAAAUUUCAGGUAAUAGCUCAAUAGAUUUAACUCAAUCACCAUCAUCCCCACCGCCAUCAUCCCCUCCACCAUCAUCUCCCCCACCAUACCCAAAACAAACAGCAAUUAAAGGAAAUAGAAAAUAUAGAAAUGAUAGAGGUUCUUUGAACAAUAGAAAAAAUGGCCAAAUUAUAAAUAAUACAAUUAUUUUUGUAAAUAACUCCAAUAAAAAAUUCAAAAUAAAUAAUUUGAAUAUAGAUAAUAGUAACAUUAAUAUAAUUAAUAAAGAUGAAAGAAACAAAAAACAAAAAGUAGAUAAUAGCAAAAAAGAUGAAGAACCCAAUGAAAGAAGAGAGAACGAAAAUCCCAUCAAUAGUAGUUCCGAGGGUGGCAAGAAGACUCAUUUCCAAUGUAAUAUUUGUAAAGAUGGUAUGAUGUUGGAUUCAAUUACAGCUGCAAUGUGCGGUCACUGUUUUUGCUUAGCAUGUAUCGAAGGGCAUUUAAAGAAAAGCAACACUUGUCCAACUUGUAAAAAAAGAAUACAUAAAAGUCAAAUUCAUCCAAUGUAUCUCAAUUUAGAAAAAUUUUAG